UUCCCAAGUCCUCAAGAAUCCCUACGAGUAAUUUUAAUAAUAAUUUAAAUGUUCUCAUCGAAACAAAAGGGCGGGAGAUAAUUAAAAGCCUCAUCUGAAAAGUGAAAACCACAAAAAAAAGAAAGGGUAAAAAUAAAGAAAGAUUGCGAAAUAAAGAUAACUAAUGGACGAUACAGCACCGCCUCUGGAUGUAGAGGCGAUUCAAAGUCGGAUCAAACAACUUACUGAAAUUCCAAGCAAUUGUUACGAUGAUACGAUUUCCAUUGCUUCUGAUGAGGCGGAUCUGUUGACAGAACGUGUUCCCCAGCUUCAGGGAGAAAUACAUGAGAUUCUUGAACGAUGGUCGGAUGUUGGUUCCCUAAAACCUCAAGAUUUUGAUACAUAUUUGGAGACUGUAAAAGGAAAGAUUUGCUCUAUCGAGGCUGAAAAUGCUUCAGUUUUUUAUGAAGUUGGGAAUGUCGAGAAGGGAUGCAUGGAAGAUUAUAUUCAAUUGCGGAGCAAUAUUGAAGGACUGAAUUCUUCUCUAGACUUCACUCAGUCACAAGGUCUUGGAACAAAAAGAACAGAUGCCCAGGAAUGCUCUUUGUUGACAGAACAUCAACUAGAAUCUGUAGGUGCACUUGGUGAAUGCAAGCUUAAGAUUCUGAAGAGUAGUAGUCAGAUUGAGAAGAAGAAGGGCACAUUGAAAUUAUUGGAAGACCUUGACUACAUUUUUAGAAGGUGUGAAGUUGUAAUAAAGACUGAGAACAUAUUGACUGGACUUGAAGUCAUAAAAUAUGAAGGAAACCAAAUUAGUUUGUCUUUAAGAACAUGUAUUCCUGAACUAGAAGUGUCUGAGCAGAAUCAUGAGUUGGCAAUAGAAUUUCUGGAUGACACAUUAGAAAUAAAGAAUGCCGAGAUUUUCCCAAAUGAUGUAUUUAUUGGCGAAAUUAUUGAUGCUGCCAAAUCAUUUUCUUGCCAUUUUUCUCUUUCUCCAAUGCCCGAGAACAAAAAUUCGUUGGAGUGGUUUGUACGAAGAGUGCAGGACAGAAUUGUUGUAAGCACCCUUAGGAAAUCUUUGGUGAAGGCUGCAAGCAAGUCUAGGCACUCCAUCGAGUAUAUAGAACGAGAUGAGAUGAUAGUGGCUCAUAUGGUGGAUGGAAUUGACGCUUUUAUCAAGGUUUCUCAAGGAUGGCCAAUGUCUGUUUCUCCAUUGAAGCUAUUAUCUUUAAAGGGUUCCAGCCAAUCUUCCAAGGAGGUCACUUUCAGCUUUCUUUGCAGAGUUGAGGAAAUGGUAAAAUCCUUGGAUGUACAGGUAUGCCAGAAUCUUUCUACAUUCAUUGAUGCAAUAGAAGAAUUUCUCAAGCAAAAGAUGCAUGCCGAACUCCAAUCCAAUGGUGUCAAACAAAAAUGAAAUUCUGCUACCUUUAUGUUCUAAAUUACAUCUCGUGUUUGUGCCUACAAUUCUGUAACUGCUGGCUAUAUCUAAAAGUGGUGCUUUUAUAAGUAUUAUCAUCCUGCCAUGCACUGUGCUCAAGUCCAGGAGAAGCUGUUACUAACACUCGAUCAAAAGAAUUAACUUUGUGGUCCACAUGGUUUAUGACUGUGUGAAGGUCCUUUAUGUAAUGACAAGUUCAAAUUUCUUAA